ACGCUCUAUUCGAUAUAAAUUAGAUAACAUUAUUAUAAAGUUGACUGUUUUCACACGCAUCAUCGGAUAAUAUUGAUAUCUUUCUAACGGAACUCUAUCAGUAUAACGAUAUUUCAAAAUAUAUCCUCGAAGAUAAAGAAAAGGCAAUAAAAAAUAUCAAAGAAGUUCUGAAAGAUGUUCAUCGAUGUUCAAAGAUUGAUCGAGAGAGAAGAAAUCGAUAGAGGGGAUGAAGUCGUAGCUCGAGGCGUUAACGAGGGUUUAGCCUGGGUCUGUUAAGGCCCCCCUUUGUACAAAAGCGAGGAAAUUCAGUGAAAGAGGCAUCAGUGACAGUGGUUUCGAGGUACAGUGACGUAGUAGGAUCGUAGGUAACCUGGAGAUAUUAAAAAAAGAUGUUUAUAUUUUCUGUCAAUACGAGAUAAUCAAGUUUUACGUUUAAAUGGUAGAAUGAUUUCAAAGAAAUUCAAACGUUGAAGGAUUGAUAGAUCUAGGUAUACUCGUUUGCUUAUAUCAAAGAGACAGAGACAGAGACAGAGACAGAGAGAGAGAGAGAGAUGUUGUGGAAGGUCAAGAUCAUUCAUCAAUAAUAAAUGGAAAGAAAAGAAAAUGAAAUUAAGAGGAAAGAAAAGAUCAACAUAGGAUAAGGAAGAUGCAAAGAAAAAUAAAAAAAAAAGAAUAAAAAAAUGUUGCGUUCGCCGGAAGUCAAAGUCCCAUCGUGGUUUGUUGCUACGUCACUGUCAGGCCCCCGUGACACACAUCAAUGGUAGCGAAACUAACGGUGAUCAGAGUGCAGCUAGUGAGAUGUCAAGGAAAUGGUGGUGGUGGUGGUGGUCCAAGUACUUUCGGAUACGACGCAUCAUCAGCGUGCAGCAAACCAUAUUCGCGUGCAGGACGUACAAUUGCAUUUGCAAUCGUUAAUCUUCCAUGUGACUUUCGCCGGCAAAGCUGGUGUACAAUCGCUGGUAGCUCUUAUCCCUGGCACGCCGUACGUCGUUUUGUACAAGAAAAUCAAGGUCUGAUGAGGCGUAUGUACGGCGAUGAAAAAUAUAUAAACGUCUUGAAGGCAGAAUUUGAGAAGAACGAUAUCGAAUUAAAGUAUGACGAUUACUAUCAUCAUUUCUCCGAUGACUCUAGGGGAUAUCAAUACGAGGAUGAGUUUGAUCCGAUAGAAGACGAAGAGAGGAUUUUAAGAGUCGACGAUGAAGAAUAUGGAGGUCGUAGUUUCACUAGUAGAUCCUUCAACGAUCCUACGACCAAGAGAUUUGGUAAAUUUCCAAAACUGAACGAAUACAGCAGAUUGAGAGCGACCGACGGUUCCUCCACUAGUACAACAACAAUGGUGACUUCUUCAGCGACUAGUACGACAACGUCAUCGAGUACGAUAGUAUCUUCCAUGGGAUCUACGACUACACCGGUAACCUCGACUAUGGUUGCCUCAACAAUAGCUUCGUCAUCUAGCGUUGAUGUUACUACGAAAGAGAUCGACAGUACACAAUCAACGACACUUAAAAAAGUAGACAACGAAGUCGAAGAGAAGAACGAAACAGUUACACACUCGCAAAUCGUUCGCGAGCAGAAUUUAAGCAUCAACGAGAUAUCCGGACAAGUUGAUAGAAUAGAUGAGAAGAUCGAUGAAAAAGUUAAGGACAAGUUGGAAGAGCCAGCGGAACAAACGGAAGUACCAGAAUUGGACAUCGAGGAUGAUUCGAAUAUUGAGAGUUUGGAUGCGCCAACUUCGUCAACAGUUUUCACUGAAGAUUCCUUCGACGUAGGCAAAGAGACGACUAUUCACGAGACCUUUGUCAGUGACGAUCAACAGAAAUUCAGACCGCGUCCAGAAUAUAGACCGUCGACGAGACCAGCAACGGUGAAUAUGGAAGGUCAGCUUUAUCAGGACGUUGCUGCGAAGGAUCAGCAACAGGAACAACCUGUUUUGAAACUCCGUGGAGUAAAUGCUUGUCCUGUAAAAGAAGAAGUGGUAGCACCAUUCUGGGCUAAUAAUACCAGAGGCGAGGUACUUGCUCUGCUUAAUCUUUAUCCUUUUGAACAAUACGUCCAUUGGGAGAAGUGCACACACGAAAACAAGCAGAUGUACUGCAGGGAUGGAUGCAGAUGCGAACAGCAGUAUAGACUUCAUAGACUCUUAGCUUACGAUCCCAAUAACGAGUGUCGUGGCAUAUUCAGCGAUUGGUUCAAGUUUCCAAGUUGUUGUGUUUGUCGCUGUUACGACUUGCCUCUUGAAUUUCGGGUUACGUCGCGAUCGCCUCGCACUCAAAAACAAAGGCUGAGGGUGCAGCCACCUCGUUCUAGAUUCUCCUAAUAUUAAAUGACAGAAAAUAUACAUAGUGAGUCAUCGAAAAAGGUAUACAACGAAGUUUAGGUAUUGUAUAUCGUUUCACUACGAAAUCGAUUUUUAUAACAAAUUAAACGUAAAAGACUGUUUUAAUAAGAAAAGUAAGAAAAAGUGAAGCAGUUUGUUUUGUUGGUUCACAUAAUGACGCAC